GGAGCACGAGCCAAGGCCCGCCGCUCUUGCUCGACUUGCUUUUGUGCAAUCCGGCCUCAAGACGAGGGCAUUCGAGCGAGCGCGCUCGUCCUUGUUUCAAUCUCAGUGCCCGCAUCGGGAGGCUCGUCUUUCUCAGGCCGCAGGCUCUGCCUUGUCGUUGUUGUUGCAUCCGCCAGGUGGUUUCGGCAUUUCGACGACUCAAGCGCUCUGCGCUCACCUCGCGCGACGUGGUGGUGGUGGUGGUGGUGAGGAUGGCGGGCGUGAAUGUGGCCACCGUCGUGUCUCAAUUUCCGAAGGGUGUCGAGGAUGUGAGAGUGGGCGGGGUGGCGCCUUUCGCCUUCGCCCCGUCUCGCGUUUGUUCGAGUUCAUCUCUCUCUAGGGCGUCGUUCGCCUUGAGAGGGAAGGAAUUCGCGUCCAUUUUUAGGACGGAUCAGAGCGCCUGGAGCAGGAGGAAAUCGGUGCAGGGAGGUGUUCUCGUUCGUGCCUCCUCGGGCGAGAGGAAGCGGCCCAAGUACAUCCCCAAUAAGAUCGAUGACCCCAAUUAUGUUCGAAUUUUCGACACCACUUUGAGAGACGGCGAACAGUCUCCCGGAGCCAGUCUGACCAGUAAAGAGAAGCUGGACAUUGCACGUCAGCUCGCCAAAUUGGGGGUGGACAUCAUCGAAGCUGGUUAUCCCAGGUCGUCACCGGACGAUCUGGAAGCUGUCAAAAUGAUCGCCAAGGAAGUAGGGAAUCAUGUGGAUGACGAUGGAUAUGUUCCUGUUAUUUGUGGUUUAUCCCGGUGCAACAAGGCAGACAUUGACGCAGCUUGGGAAGGAGUGAAGCACGCUCUGCGACCCAGGAUUCAUACCUUUAUCGCCACCAGUGAAAUUCACAUGCAGCACAAGCUCCGCAAGACCCCAGAAGAGGUAAUCCAAAUUGCGUCGGAGAUGGUAGCGUAUGCUCGGAGCUUGGGCUGCGACGACGUGGAGUUCAGUCCGGAAGAUGCUGGGAGGUCUGAUCCAGAGUUUCUCUACCGAAUUUUGUCCGAAGUAAUUAAAGCUGGAGCCACCACUCUUAAUAUUCCAGACACUGUUGGCUAUACAUUACCCGUCGAAUUCGGGGGACUGAUUGCUAAAAUCAAAGCCAACACUCCUGGAGCUGAGAAUGUGAUAAUCUCCACGCAUUGCCAAAAUGAUUUGGGUCUGGCCACAGCCAACACACUCUCAGGUGCAUACAAUGGUGCUAGACAAGUGGAGGUUACCAUUAAUGGAAUCGGUGAGCGUGCUGGUAAUGCUUCGCUUGAAGAGGUCGUUAUGGCAAUCAAGUGCCGAGGAGAUCAGCUUCUCGGAGGCCUUCACACCGGGAUCGUCACAAAGCAUAUCUCAGUGGCGAGUCGAAUGGUUUCCGAUCUUACAGGAAUGGUUGUUCAACCCCAUAAGGCGAUUGUGGGAGCGAAUGCUUUUGCUCAUGAAAGUGGUAUCCAUCAGGAUGGUAUGCUCAAGUUCAAAGGCACCUACGAAAUCAUGUCUCCGGAUGAAAUUGGACUCGUCCGGUCAGACGACGCUGGUUUAGUGCUUGGCAAGUUGAGUGGAAGGCAUGCAUUGAAGACGCGUUUACAGCAGCUGGGAUAUGAGCUUGAAGGUAAAAAGCUGGAUGAUGUCUUCAAGCGCUUCAAAGCCGUCGCAGAGAAGAAGAAGACUGUGGCCGAUGAAGAUUUAGAAGCUCUUCUUUCUGAUGAGGUCCAUCAACCUGCUACGAUCUGGUCGUUACUUGAUUUGCAGGUUGUUUGUGGUACAAUGGGACUUUCAACGGCCACUGUAAAGCUAGUGGGACCUGAUGGUGCCCAGAUGAUUGGGUCGUGCAUUGGUACAGGUCCUGUGGAUGCAGCCUACAAAGCUGUCGAUCAGAUAGUGAAGGAACCAGUCACUCUUUUGGAGUAUUCCAUGAACUCUGUCACAGAAGGUAUUGAUGCAAUUGCACAUACAAGAGUUGUGCUGAGGGCCGAAAAUUCCUACUCAGUUAAGCAUCCCCAGUCAGGACAGUCGGUACAACGAUCUUUCAGUGGUUCUGGUGCAGGAGAGGAUGUUGUUGUUUCAAGCGUAAGAGCGUAUGUUAGUGCUUUGAACAAGAUUCUAGGUUUCCAAAUUAGCCGUCCAUCUGUGACAUCUGCCAGGUCUGAAGAACCUCGAGUUGCCGCUUAAUCUUCGACAGAGGUUUUUUGCUCAUCGUACUGCCUUCGUUUGAGAUAUUAUUUUUAGUCAGGAUAGGAAAGUUCUAAGAAUCUGUAGCACCGUGAAACGUUUUGAGAGCUUGAAUUGACCAGUCGAAUUUGGAAACCUUGUUUCUUUUGUAAUUGUAGUGGCCAGAUUCAAAGUUGGUCAGAAUAUGAAAGAGUGUCCGAGAAAUUUUCCCAGGCAUAAAAGAAUUUACCUCUGCUGAUGUAAUGAGCUUCAGUUAAUAGAUUUGUCGGUGGUUAUUGUG